UGGCCGGCUGAAAGACUACCCAGAAAGGGCGUGGAAAGGAGUGGGAGGAAAGGGGAAGCGGGUCACGAGUCAGAGCGGCCGAAGUGGGGAGGAUGCCACCGGCGGCAACUCGCGGCCGCCGGGCUCCGGUUGGACGGGGUUGAGCGGAGUCUCAGGCUUGCGGAGCGGCGCGCCGACCUGCCGCGCCCCCUGCAGCUGCGGAGACCCGGCGCCCCCGCCCCGCUGACGCUGCCCCCGAGCCGCAGGUGAGUCGAGCCCGGCGCCGCCCCGAGCAUCAUGUGUCGUGGGAGCGGCGCCGGCGGCGUGCGGGGAGGGACGGCGAUGGGGCGAGCCGUCGUUGACACAAGCGGGCGGAUCAGGCCCCCGGACGUCGGCGCCAUGGAAGGGACACAGGUGGGAGCCGGGUGCGAGCUGCAGCGGUUCGGCACGGCGCGCGCUCCGCCGCCCGCGCAAGAGAUGGCAAAUCCUGUGGUUGUUAUAAGUAGCUGCAGCUCUCAGGAAGAGGAAAAUCGCUGCACUUUUAACCAGCAUACCUCGCCCUCUGAGGAGCUUCUGUUAGAAGACCAGAUGAGGCGAAAACUCAAAUUUUUUUUCAUGAAUCCCUGUGAGAAGUUCUGGGCUCGAGGCAGAAAACCAUGGAAGCUUGCCAUACAAAUUCUAAAAAUUGCGAUGGUGACGAUACAGCUGGUCUUUUUUGGGCUAAGUAACCAGAUGGUCGUAGCUUUCAAGGAAGAGAACACUAUAGCAUUCAAACACCUCUUCUUAAAAGGAUAUAUGGACCGAAUGGAUGACACAUACGCAGUGUACACACAAAGUGAUGUAUACGAUCAGAUCACCUUUGCAGUGAACCAGUACUUGCAGCUCCGCAACACGUCGGUUGGGAAUCAUGCUUACGAGAACAAGGGCAUGGAGCAGUCUGCUCUGGCCAUCUGUCAGCACUUCUACAGGCAAGGAAGCAUCUAUCCUGGAAAUGAUACCUUUGACAUUGAUCCAGAAAUCGAAACUGAAUGUUUCUUCGUAGAGCCAGACGAACCUUUUCACAUCGGAACAGUGGAAGGAAAUAAAUUCAACUUAACGCUGGACUUUCAUAGACUCCUAACUGUGGAGCUGCAGUUUAAACUGAAGGCCAUUAAUCUGCAGACCAUUCGUCAUCACGAGCUCCCUGACUGUUACGACUUUACUCUGACUAUAACACUUGACAAUAAGGCCCAUAGUGGAAGAAUUAAGAUAAGUUUAGAUAAUGACAUUUCCAUCAGAGAAUGUAAAGACUGGCAUGUAUCCGGAUCAAUUCAGAAAAACACUCACUACAUGAUGAUCUUUGAUGCCUUUGUUAUUCUGACAAGCUUGGCCUCACUAAUCCUGUGCCUUCGAUCUGUGAUUAGAGGACUUCAGCUUCAGCAGGAAUUUGUUGGUUUUUUCCUCAUCCAUUAUAAGAAGGAAGUUUCUGUUUCUGAUCGAAUGGAAUUCGUCAACGGAUGGUACAUUAUGAUUAUUAUUAGUGACGUAUUGACAGUUAUUGGAUCAAUUCUGAAAAUGGAAAUUCAAGCGAAGAGUCUAACAAGUUAUGAUGUCUGUAGCAUACUUCUUGGGACUUCCACCAUGCUUGUGUGGCUUGGAGUCAUUCGGUACCUCGGCUUCUUUCAGAAGUACAAUCUCCUUAUUCUGACCCUGCAGGCAGCGCUGCCCAAUGUCAUCAGGUUCUGUUGCUGUGCUGCUAUGAUUUACUUAGGCUAUUGCUUCUGUGGAUGGAUCGUGCUGGGCCCGUACCAUGAUAAGUUCCGUUCUCUGAACGUGGUCUCUGAGUGCCUUUUCUCUCUGAUAAACGGAGAUGAUAUGUUUGCCACGUUUGCAAAAAUGCAACGAAAAAGUUACUUGGUCUGGCUAUUUAGCAGAAUUUACCUCUACUCAUUCAUCAGCCUCUUUAUAUAUAUGAUUUUAAGUCUUUUCAUUGCACUGAUCACUGAUACAUAUGAAACAAUUAAGCAUUACCAACAAGAUGGCUUUCCAGAGACUGAACUUCGUACAUUUAUAUCAGAAUGCAAAGAUUUACCCAGUUCUGGAAAAUACAGAUUAAAAGACGACUCGCCAGUAUCGAUAUUCUGCUGUUGUAAAAAGUAGCUAUCAGGCUAAUCUGUGCCCUGGAGGGAAAUAUAAUGUGUAGCUGAGUUGGGAAACUAUAUGGAUAUUUUAAGAUCAGGUGUCGUAUGUUUAAAGACUAUUACUUUGAGCAAACUGAUAGCUAUAAUUCAUCAAGAACUAUUUAUAUUUUUAAAAGCAGUAUUUAAUGUCUUUUGCAGCUUUAUGUUGGGUUUAUUUAUUUUAAACUAACUUUGAUGAGAGAAGCUAUUGAAUUCUUGUUAUUUCUUGUUUAUUUUGCCAUAGCUUUAGAAUGUGUUCUCCAUCCCCCUCUUUAGCUCUUAGCUUCCAGCUCUUCUGACUGGGCUGAUUGUAUCAUCAGUGGAGAAUAACGCCUGGUCUGACUUAACACAACUCACUAACCCUGGUCUUAACCACUCUCUGGGGUACAUCCCUGAGAGAGAGGGUUUGUGGUUACUGUAUAUCAAUAAUCAUUGCAUUUUAAAAUCUUCUCUUAAAGGGCAGAAUAAGAAAGAGACAACUGUCACCAGCUAACAGUCUAAAUUUUGGUUCUGAAGGACAACUGUUAUAUGAUGCUGCUUUUAGUUCUGUAAAGAAUCAGGUUUUUUUAUUAUUCAUGUAUAAGUUUUCUCUCCUUCAGUGUUAAAGUAUGUAGUUGAAAGAGUAUCCUAUACAUAUAUAGAAAUUAAAGUGCAGGGCGCCUGGGUGGCUCAGUUGGUUAAGCGACUGCCUUCGGCUCAGGUCAUGAUCCUGGAGUCCCGGGAUCGAGUCCCGGAUCUGGCUCCCUGCUUGGCGGGGAGUCUGCUUCUCCCUCUGACCCUCCUCCCUCUCAUGCUCUCUGUCUCUCAUUCUCUCUCUCUCAAAUAAAUAAAUAAAAUCUUAAAAAAAAAAAUUAAAGUGCAUACCAAAUGCAUAUUCAAUCCUGCAAGGAUUAGUUUAGUGCUUGCAUGGCCUUGCGCAAACUGUGUGAUGUACUCUGCCCUUCACAGGCACAUUCAGUCUCAUGGAAGAGAGUGUUUGUUUUAGGGUCAAGAACUGUGGUUUCAGGUUUCAGGGGGAGAGGUUCUAAAACUCACAUUAAACAUAUUUUGAAAAACAAUUAUGCUUAAAACGUAAAAAUAAGUGGGAAAUGUAUGCCUUAAAUAGACACAGAAACAAAGUCUCCACUCUUUGGAUACUGCUGAUUGGAAUUUCAGGGAUUUUUACAAUGUGUAUCUUUGUUUUGAGUGUUAUUUAUUCAAGUAGAAAUGAAUUCAAUGAUGUGCAAUAAAGGUUUUCUCAAAGCAGCUCUUUUUUUUUUUUUU